ACACGCGCAAAUUUAUUCAAAGCCAAAAACAAGCAGUUUUCCGGCGCGUGGAACAACAUCCUCCCGUGUUACGUGGUGGAUACCGAGGAGUCCUGGCGCAGAGGUAACGUGAAGCUGCACGAAGAUCCGCGAAAGCUAAAUUUAGAGGACCAGACGAUCCGCGAUUUCGAGGAGAAAUACAAACAGUAUAUGGACAACAACGUCGAUUUCGGCAGGGCUCUAUCGACCAACGCCAAGCAUACUAAAAUAGCCUUGCAAGGCUUCGAGAAGAUGCCGACUAUCUCUCCUCACGUUUACUCUUUGCUCGGUCCGAGCCACGAGCUGCGAAUUAAACAAGCCCUGGCGGAAGGUGUGACAAGAAAGAAACUAGCUCGUUCCAGCAUGGAAUUAAACGGUUUGAACGAGAACAGCUUGUCCUUUCGUCUGGACGAGGACGAUGAUUUCUCCAGCAGAACAACCACCGCGUCGAACAAGAAUUGGCUCGCCAGAUCCACGCGCAGUCCGUCCAGACGAUCUACGAUGGAAUCCUCGGUCAAGGUGGAUCGCGGUAUCACCAUGUUGAAGUCGAAACGAUGCAAACCCAAGGAUCACGCGACACACGACGCUUCCAAACUCAUCACCAUAAAGCCCAGCUUUGGAGCCCUGAAGAAGACCCUUUCGAAGACCUCCAGCACCAAGUCCCCGUUUCGUGGCAUGUUGGAGAGUCGACCAUCCACGAAUUCCCUCCUGUCGACUAACUUGAGCCCCGAAACGACGAGGAAGUACAGAAAGUGCGUUUACUUGAAUACACUGGCGAGGUGCGUCCAAUUUCGAAGCAGAGAUCACAAAACUGUCCCAGUUCUGGUAAAUUACCAGAUCCAAGCGUUAGUGCAGGCGGUCCUGGAGGUCCUCGAACGCGUGAAUCCUGAGAAAUCGAGGAUCAUAAUCGAGACCGCUAGGGACACGGAGGAAAUAAGGAGGAUACUGUUGCGUCCUGAAAUGCAGAGUUUUGUACAGAGUCUGUUGGGUCAAUCGCUGGUGUCGUCUCCCGAGAGCUAUGUGGUUUCAACGGCGACGCUGAUGGACGAGAUAGAUUGUCGAUUCGAAGGGAUCUUGGAGAAGGAAAUAAUCGCGUUAACUCUGGAAAUGCCGCUGACACCGUCUCUGGAUGCUUUGAUUUCCGAGAUACGAAGCAAUAUAUUUCUAGACGCGAAGAAGAAACCGCAGAUGAACGAGAAUGCUAAGGAAAUCGCUUCUUCCAGCAAUGGACGAAAAGUUGAAAAGAUGAACGACGAGAAAGACGCAAAGGUGAUGCAGGCAGACGGGAGGUAA